GAGGCUCCGUGUGACCCGCAGGCUGCAGGAGGAACCGCCGGCCGGCGUGAGCGGCGCCCCCUCCGAGAACAACAUCAUGGUGUGGAACGCCGUCAUCUUCGGGCCCGAGGGGACCCCCUUCGAGGACGGAACUUUCAAACUUACCAUAGAAUUCACAGAAGAAUAUCCAAAUAAGCCACCUACUGUUAGAUUUGUCUCUAAAAUGUUUCAUCCAAAUGUCUAUGCAGAUGGUAGUAUAUGUCUGGAUAUUCUUCAGAAUCGUUGGAGUCCUACUUAUGAUGUCUCCUCCAUCUUAACAUCCAUACAGUCUCUAUUGGAUGAGCCAAACCCUAACAGCCCAGCGAACAGCCAGGCAGCUCAACUAUACCAAGAGAAUAAGCGGGAAUAUGAAAAACGGGUUUCUGCAAUAGUAGAACAGAGUUGGCGUGACUGUUGACCCAGGAUGAUGCAAAUGAACACUCUGGUGAUGAGGAAAAUCAUAUACGAAGUGUCUGAGUCAUCUUCUUCCUCCUAGCAUCAUUGCAUUUACUUUGAAAGCAGAAUAGCUGUUGUGCUGUUGCCACCCUCCCUUGCUGAAGCUUCUUUUCCUUGGACAUCAGAAAGCACCCACUUUGAAGUCAAAUGUACUGUACUUGGGUUACUUGCAAAAGAAUUACUGAUGCUGAAUUCAUUUCUGUGGUCCCUCUCCAGUCUUAGGGCAGUAUUGUGCAUUUCCGUAGUGUACACUAAGCUUUUAAGUGUAAUUGUGUUAUACACAGUGAUGCUUAUGUGUAGCUUGACAAAAGGGAUGUUUAUACACAUACAUUUUUAAACUGAUAUUACUAAAGUGCUGAUCUGUCCAGGCUGGUCACUUACCUCUACUAUUGGUUUAGACCCCAUUGCAUUUGUAAGUAGUGAGUAAAGAAACAACCUCUUGUU